UCACUAUCUAGCUGCUAGGACUUGAGGACUUUUCAACCGCCGGAAAUGACCCCGGAAGUAGUCCUUUGCCGACGAUUUGAAAAUGGCGACCUGCUGCAUGUGAAGAGGACGGACCCGGAGCCGGUUUUUAAGUUACAAGACCAUGUAUAAAACGCCAUGUAGCAAACUCACAGUUCUGGUAGGAGCCGGCCUUUUCCAGACACUUGCGGAAAACGCGUCAAGAAGUCACCGGUGCUCCCGUAGCCUCGUCCAGCUCUGCAGGAGGUCUCCGGCCGACUGGAUCACGUUUCAGCAUCUUAACUUCCUGAAACGCCAGUAUGUGAUGAAGAACGGCGGCGGGCUCCGCCAGCGGGCUAGGCCCAAGCGGGAGCCCAUCUCGGGCGCACUGGAGGACCACGAUGACUCGGUGGUGCGGCAGGUCCAGCAGGUCCCAGUUGGCCAUAAGGCCCAUCGUCAUGGGGACGCCAGCGGCGGCGGCGGCGGCAGGGCAGGAGGGGAAGGCCCAGGCAGAGUCGGGGGCGGAGUCGAGGGCGGAGUCAGAGGCGGAGCGCGAAGCGCGCCUGGAGAGGCAGUGGAAGGAGCUGAAGGUGGACCGGGCUGAACUCUUGGGGGUGUACGCCCGGCUCUCAAAGAUCAGACUCACAGCGUUGGUCGUCACCACGGCAGCGGCUGGCUACGCCAUGGCUCCGGUGCCCUUUGACCCCAGCUGCUUCCUGUUGGCCUCCGUGGGAACGGGCCUCGCUUCCUGUGCUGCCAACUCCAUCAACCAGAGUGAAACAAAGGCACUCCGGGUAGAACAAAGUGGUGGAGCUACACCGCGCUGAGCAUCGCCCUUCUCCUGGGGCUUCCUCAGACCUCCUGAUGUGCGGAGCCUGUGGUCUGAUUCAAUGUGUGACCCACACAGGAGCCCCCCUCCCCAAACGAAAAGAGGGGGGGCGGAGAGGUUCCGGAACUGAGCGGAGGAGAUGACAGACCCUCGCUGUCCCGCGGUCCAGGCUUUUGUGUUCUCUUCUGGGAAUGGCUGCAGGCCCACGGAACAUCAUGGUUUCUUUCUUUUUUUCCCCCCAAAAACCAACCUGUUUGGAAACUUACUGAGGGGUGUAGAUCCUUGAGCCUAAUAACAAUGACAUUUCUGACAAAAUAAAUAAAUAGUGGAU